AGUAUAUAUAGCUCUGCAAACAACACCAAAAAUCCACAAGUUCAGUACCUCUUGUAGUAUUCUCCUGCAAACAACAGCUACCAAAAUUAUUAUCUAAAGUCUUUUGUGUUCUAUUUAUUUUAAACUUUAUAUUUCUUCCAAUCCCAGGAAAAAAUGAGCCGACCAGGAGACUGGAACUGCAGGUCAUGCCAGCACUUGAACUUUCAAAGGAGAGACUCAUGCCAAAGAUGUGGAGAACCAAGACAUGGUGGUGCUCAUGAAUUUGGAAGCUGCUUUGGCGGAAGAGGGGGAGGAAGCUCCUCCCCUUUCAGCUUCAGUACCGGACCUGAUGUAAGGCCCGGUGACUGGUAUUGCAACAUUGGGAAUUGCGGUGCACACAACUUUGCCAGCCGCUCGAGCUGCUUCAAAUGUGGUGCUUUUAAGGAUGAAUCCUCCGGGAGCUGCGGUGGUGGAAGCGGCUUUGAUGCUGACCAAAUGCUGUUGUCGCGCCCGCGAGGCUUUGGCUUCGGUGCUGCAAGUGGUGGUAGCCGCUCAGGAUGGAAGUCUGGUGAUUGGAUUUGCACUAGGUUAGGGUGUAAUGAGCACAACUUCGCCAGCAGGAUGGAGUGCUUUAGAUGCAAUGCACCUAGGGACAUAGCUGGUAACAAGUCUUCAUAUUAAUUCAUCAUUGAUUCUCCAUUUUUGGGUGUUGCAGUCUAAGAGAGAAUCAAGCUAGAAAGACGUGAAGAAGAAGAUGAUGAUAUUGGAAGAAGAUCUUCUCUUUUGGCCCUAUCAAGUCCUACCUGUUCUCUAAUUUCUUGUUUUUUUUUUUCCUUUAAUAUUUUGAUAUUUAUAUUAUUCACUUUUAGGAAUCUUUUAGACGAAUUAUGAUCUCAAAGAAAAAAGAAAAAAAAAAAUCUGAGUGCAGCAGAAUCUUUAUUUUGAGAGCUUUAUUAGGUAUUUAAAAUGUAGCCUAGCUUUGUACUUCCAGCUGCUUGUUUCAAGCUAGUAUUUAGUAUCAAUGUGUGUUAUGAAA